GGCCGGCCGUAAGUUGGAAUUGACUAGCCGAUUAUUAUCGUUUGGAAUCAUGGCUCCUCAUCGGAGCAUGCUGAUCGGCUUUCCCUGUCUAACUCAAGUAAAAGCUGUUCUAAGCUGUCUUUUGUUGGCUGUUGCUUAUGUGGGAAGUCUUUAUGUGUGGAAGAGAGAAUUACCGAGAGACCAUCCGAAGACAAUCAAACAGAGGACACUUAGUGUGUUUGUAAUAUGUUUAGCUGCCCCAGUGUUUCUCCUUCUAAUCAGCAGUGAAGUACCAUACAAUCAGGGAUUGUCACUAUGCGAGCAUUUGGGUAUACGAAGUCAAGGUCUUCUAGCUGCCAUCACUGUGCCAUUAGUCUUAACUAUGGUUCUGUUUCUAGGACCAUUGUAUAUGCUUUAUUUGGAUGGAUCUCAUUCUCAUGAUGUACCAAUAGUAGUUGAAAGGGGUGUUCUUGGGAGCACAUACACAGUGCAGAUGGUGUGGCUUAGAAAUUAUUUGAUAGCUCCAUUCACAGAAGAGUUUGUUUUUCGAGCAUGUAUGCUGCCUCUACUUGUGCCUUGUUUUGGCUGUCCAACAGCUGUCAUUGUGUGCCCACUCUUCUUUGGAGUAGCUCAUAUACAUCACAUCAUUGAAAGAUUAAGAUUUGGAUCAGAGCCUUUAUCAGCAAUCAUUUUUACAGCUUUUUUCCAGUCGUGUUAUACAACUGUAUUUGGUGCCUACUCAGCAUUCCUAUUUGUAAGAACUGGUCACCUGGCUGGGCCAUUCAUAUGUCAUUCCUUCUGCAACUACAUGGGUUUUCCAGAGAUAGGACAGGUUUUUCAACAUAGUCCUAGACACCGUGCAAUAAUCACAGUUACCUUCAUCGUUGGACUCCUAACAUUCCUCCUCCUUCUAUACCCCUUAACCACGCCGUCAUUGUAUAUGAAUACCAUGUGUGAUAGCCACACUGAAGACCAUCAUCACAACGUAGAUCUUUGAUGCCGUCCGUCCUGGUAAAUCAGUGCUCACCGUCCACAAGCAGAUUGUGGUCGUGAAUUUACACAUUACUUUUUCGCUCACCCCUUUUUUUUAAUUGGAAAGUUUACUUGAAGAAGGUAUGUGGAUGUUAUGAUAGGCCAUGUAAGGACAAUAGAGAGGGGUCAAUCAUGUUCUUUCCUCCAGUCAAAGACUUGACAUUCUUGAGGUGUUUUGAUAAGGACACUCACAAACACCAACUAUGUGUACAUUCAUGUAUGAAUUUUGACAAGAAUUGAAUCAUUACAGAUGUGUGUGUGUGUUUUUUUGUAAGCUAUGAAUUCAUGACUUUACUGACAACUAGAAUAUCAAAUGUCAAUACUGGAGUGCCAAAAAUGAAGUUUAAGAGGGGGGGGUUAAAAAAUUUUACCAAAGUAUUGUUGGUGUAUCUCAUUAAUUAGUGGCAAAUCAUGUAUUUUGCACUGACUACGUGUGUUAAUAGCAUCAAUAUUAAUGAUGCAUGUUCAAGCUAUUGCAAUGAUACAGAAUGUGCUAUUGCAUUGAUACAGAAACUCAAUUUAUUUGUAUUAAUAUCCCAGCUGUUUUUUUUAAGUCAUGCAUACUAUCACAAACAGCAGAAUCAAACACCACCAUAUUGGCUAGGAUAGUUUCAUAAAGUAUACCAUUCACAUUACCAGAAAAAUGUGGUAUAAAUCCAAGAUUAUUCAGUCUGGUACCUAGCUUGUGUAGCUGGCAUUGAGGAUGUGAUAUAGCAUUGAUCGUGAGGGAUUACCAGAGAUUAUAUGUACUAGGUAAAAUUGUAUUGUAAUUCUUAUUUCAUGUAGUAUAAACACACAAACUCAUUAGCGUGGGGCAACUUGUGCAGUGAGUUGCCAUCAAUGACAACUCAAUCGUACCUAGAUUAAUUUGAAUGUUAUUUUAUUUGCAAUUUGUUCUAUUCUUUUCAUACUGCAACAAACUGUUUAUAUAUUUUCUGUUCUAAAAAGCAUUGUGGUUGUAUAAUAUCAUUUUAAUUUCAAUUUUUCUGUAACAUUCCAAUGUGGUCAGUGAAUGUAUUUUGGAUAAUAUCCAUCAUAAUGAUAAUCUAAUAAUAAUACUGAUACUGCAGAACUAUGGCCAGUCAUGAUACUGUAGAACUAUGGCCAGUCAUGAUACUGUAGAACUAUGGCCAGUCAUGAUACUGUAGAACUAUGGCCAGUCAUGAUACUGUAGAACUAUGGCCAGUCAUGAUACUGUAGAACUAUGGCCAGUCAUGAUAAUGUAGAACUACGGCCAGUCAUGAUACUGUAGAACUAUGGCCAGUCAUGAUACUGUAGAACUAUGGCCAGUCAUGAUACUGUAGAACUAUGGCCAGUCAUGAUACUGUAGAACUAUGGCCAGUCAUGAUACUGUAGAACUAUGGCCAAUCAUGAUACUGUAGAACUAUGGCCAGUCAUGAUACUGUAGAACUAUGGCCAGUCAUGAUACUGUAGAAUCUGUAUAUGUUGAAUAGCUUGGGACUACAAAAUUUGUUUGAUUUAAGGUGAAAAUUGCAGAUAUUCUGGUCUUAAAUAAUGCUUUGACUUAUGGCUGAUUGAAUUAUGUAGACUCCACUAAUGAUCCGUGGUCACUGAUCACAAGUAGUCACAUUGUGUUGAGGCAAAAUAAAUGCAUGGCCAUGUGCAAACGCAGUCAGUCAUUGAUUAGGAACAACUUCAUCUUAUGAUAUUUGAUGUAAUUAAGAUUUCUUAGCUUUUGUAUUCCACAACGUGCUCUCUAGUUAAGGGAAAAUCAUUUUCGUCUCGCCAGAACAAAGUUCGGCCGAGACCCAGUCAUCACUUUUCCCGUUACCGGUAGUCUGUCAGUCUGUUACAAAAAUGUUAACAUUUUUGUUCAAUUUGCUCUAAUUUCUUUAUUUCUGCAUCACCUAUGUAGACAUGUAGGAUAUACGAUCCUGCAUCAACUAUGUUCACAUUUGGUACCAUGAUUCUUAGCUAGUACCACAUGUGACCCUGUAAUAAUGAUGGGGUCAAAGGUCAUCUAGGAGUCAAAAGGUCAGAUGAUAUGAGGCAUAUACCAUGUCCCUCAGAGAAGACCUUCAACCUUCUGUCCUCUGGUUUCUUCCUUACAAAGCAUCCAUGCUUUCUUAGCAAUCGCCAUCACCACCUUAUAAACUGAUAUACAGACAUUCCCUCUUUACACUGAAGUGAUUUACUGUGUGUGAGCUACGUUGCCUAUUGGUAUGAGCAGGUCAAAACUAUGUUGAUAGAAGUUACCGGUAGAUCUGAUAGUUAAUUACAACAGCAUUAAAAAAAUGACACAAUUCAUGAAUUAAAACAUUUUCAGCCCACAGCCCAACAACCAUGCAAGAAUUAAUAGGACAAAAAAAGUUGCACUCUGCAUCCACUCUCAAUGACCAACAACUCCCAGAUCUGAAUAUGAAUACAGAUUACAAAUGCUGAUGGUUUAUGGGUGUUAACAAACCCAUUUGCAUGUUCAAGCCAAAACAUCAUCACCGGCCACCAAGCAUAUGUAUACAUGUGGUGCAAGCCACACAAGCCAGAGAAAAUGUAUCAGAAACUUGCAAGAUUGUAGGAAUUAGGGCAAUAAUAUUAUGAGAACGUCCCAUUGCUAUCACCUUAAUUUCCAAAAUGUCAGGGAAGACACCGGGGGGGGGGGGGGUAGUUAUUGAGGGAUUUUUUUUCUUCACAUUUUUCAUUGACUGAUCAGGAAAAUCUGAAGUGUAUUUAUGUGUGCCAAGAUUUACCAUGUUAAAAACAAAUCAGGUCUACCACCACCAGUAUCAUCAUUAAUCUCAGUCAUUAAACUUUUUUUCAGGAAAAAGCUUUCCUCCUCAUAAUAUUUUAAAUAUA